ACUGAGGAAACGCGUCACUCCAUCGCCAGGGACGUGGCUGCUGGGAAGCUCUUCCUGUUUGUGUUGUCCUUGGUUGUCGCGCCAAGCACCUCCGGGUACCUCCAUUUAUUGGAGAUAAGUUACAUGUGCCAUAACAAAUAUUAAUAUUUGGGCGAGCGAACAAAAAGAGACGAGCAUUUUGUCGUUUUAUGUUUGUUAUUAUAAUUAAGUGCUAGCUGGUUGAAUCAGCCGCUGACUGCGACAGACAUGGACACGUACUCGAACAAGAAACAGAAGCUAGGCAACGCUGCCGAAAACUGGGGAAUGCAACGUGCAACUAAUGUCACCUAUCAAGCUCAUCAUGUCAGCCGAAACAAGCGUGGACAAGUUGUGGGCACAAGAGGAGGGUUCAGAGGAUGCACAGUUUGGCUGAGUGGUUUGUCUGGCGCAGGGAAGACCACGGUGAGCAUGGCUCUGGAGGAGUACCUGGUGUGUCACGGUAUCCCCUGCUACUCACUGGAUGGGGACAACAUCCGUCAGGGGCUGAACAGAAACCUAGGCUUUAGCCCAGAGGACCGUGAAGAGAACAUUAGGCGCAUUGCUGAGGUGGCUCGUCUUUUUGCUGAUGCUGGGCUGGUCUGCAUCGCCAGCUUCAUCUCGCCCUACAGCAGGGAUCGCCUUAAUGCUAGGAAGAUCCAUGAGGCAGCAGGGCUGCCUUUCUUUGAGGUGUUUGUCGACGCUCCACUGGAUGUCUGUGAGCAGAGGGACGUGAAGGGGCUGUACAAGAGAGCCAGAGCGGGAGAGAUACAAGGUUUCACUGGGAUUGACUCAGAGUACGAGAAGCCAGAGGCCCCGGAUCUGGUGCUGAAGACCGCCUCCUGCAGUGUGAAUGAGAGCAUACAACAGCUUGUUGACCUGCUUCAAGAGAGGGAUAUAGUUCCCAUUGAUGCCUCUAAUGAAGUGAAAGAGCUGUACGUUCAGGAGAAUAAAUUGGACCUUGCUAAGGCGGAUGCAGAGACUCUGCCUGCUGUACAGAUUGGGAAGGUGGACAUGCAGUGGGUGCAGGUGCUGGCUGAAGGCUGGGCAACUCCUCUCAAUGGCUUUAUGAGGGAGAGAGAAUAUUUGCAGUGUCUUCAUUUUGACUGUCUGCUGGAUGGUGGCGUCAUCAACCUGUCGGUGCCUGUGGUGCUGCCUAUAUCAUCGACAGAUAAAGAGCGUUUAGAUAGUGUGACAGCGAUGGCUUUGGUCUACGAGGGCAGACGAGUGGCCAUCCUCCGCAAUCCGGAGUUUUAUGCACACCGCAAAGAAGAGCGAUGUGCUCGUCAGUGGGGCACCACCUGCAAAGACCACCCUUACAUCAAGAUGGUGAUGGAAAGUGGCGACUGGCUGGUCGGGGGAGAUCUGCAGGUUCUGGACAAGAUCUACUGGAACGACGAACUCGAUCAGUACCGACUGACACCUACCGAGCUCAAACAGAAGUUUAAAGAAAUGAAUGCUGAUGCUGUAUUUGCAUUCCAGCUCCGCAACCCCGUCCACAACGGCCAUGCUCUUCUGAUGCAGGACACCCACAAGCGUCUCCUCGAGCGGGGCUACCGCCGGCCUGUUCUGCUACUCCACCCGCUGGGAGGUUGGACCAAGGACGAUGACGUGCCGCUGCACUGGCGAAUGAAGCAGCACGCCGCUGUGCUGGAGGAGGGCGUCCUGAAUCCAGACGCUACUAUCGUGGCCAUCUUUCCUUCACCCAUGAUGUAUGCCGGGCCAACUGAGGUUCAGUGGCAUUGCAGAGCUCGAAUGGUGGCUGGAGCCAACUUCUACAUCGUGGGCCGGGACCCUGCAGGCAUGCCCCACCCUGACACGGGAAAGGACCUGUACGAGCCCACUCAUGGCGCCAAGGUCCUCACCAUGGCACCAGGCCUCAUCACCCUGGAGAUUGUACCCUUUAAGGUCGCCGCUUACAACAAGGUCAAAAGAGCAAUGGAUUUUUAUGACCCCAAAAACCAUCCAGAUUAUGAUUUCAUCUCAGGCACACGUAUGCGUAAGAUGGCUCGCGAGGGAGAGAAUCCUCCUGACGGCUUCAUGGCGCCGAGGGCUUGGUCUGUGCUGAAGGAAUACUAUAAGUCACUGGAGAAGGCUUAAAGGUCGAGUCCCAGAUGAAACAAACAUGGAAAGACAGUGAUCAACAGGAUUAAUGUGGGGACCUCUCGUCGGCUGUCGGAAACAUCACGCUCUGGCUUCUGUCUGUCACUUUCACGCUCAACUGAACAUGAAACCAGUCUGUUAUUUUUAGUCUUAUGACAAUGCUGUUUUAACUUGAUGUACUUUUAUUCCACUAAACUCACUUUGAUAAUGAAUUAUAGUAGAAGCGGUCAGCAUAAUGUUGAAUUGGUAUU